AUGCCUACUAUCACCGUGUUCAGGGGUCAAAGCGACGGUAUCGCUGUGAAGAGCACCACCACAAAGCCAGAUGAGCUCGCUGGUGACAAUGUCCUAUUGAGGGUAACUGCAUCUGGGGUGUGUGGCACUGACCUACGCUAUAGAGCGUCCCCUAUGGUCCUAGGCCACGAGGGUGUCGGGAUCGUAGAGGCUGUCGGGCCUGCCUGUCAAUCCUUGAAGACAGGUGAUCGGGUCGGCUGGGGUUAUGAAGUCGACAGCUGCAGUCACUGCAUGCACUGUGUCCAGGGAACCGAGCAAUUCUGUCCCCAGCGCAGUCUAUACGGCAUGGCCAACCACGACCAAGGAAGUUUCGCCUCGCACGCCAUCUGGCGCGAGGCUUUCCUUCAUAAGAUCCCUGACGGGCUCAGCGACGCAGAAGCCGCACCGCUGCAGUGCGCCGGCGCGACCACCUUCGCCGCGCUCGAAAACAUCCGCCCCGGCGACACCGUGGGGAUCCUCGGAGUUGGCGGCCUCGGGCAUCUCGCCAUCCAGUUCGCGUCCAAAAUGGGCUGUCGCGUGGUCGUUCUCUCCAACUCGGAGAACAAGCGCGACGAAGCAAUGAAUCUCGGCGCGCACGAAUUCGUCGCCAUGAAAGACGCCACCCAGUUGCAGGUCUCCUCUCCCUUAAACAGACUUCUCGUCACCGCUUCAGUGCCCCCUCGAUGGGACCUGAUUCUCCCUAUCAUGGCACCCCAGUCCACCGUCUACCCGCUUUCUGUCACGCAAGGCAACUUUGAGGUCCCAUACAUAGCAUUGAUCCUGAAAGGAAUCGCCGUCAAAGGGUCCCUCGUCGCGUCGCGGAACCAGCACCGCAAGAUGCUGGAAUUCGCCGCCUUACAUCAGGUGAAGCCGAUUGUGGAGAAGUUUCCGAUGACCGAAGAGGGUAUCAAUCAGGCUAUGGGCAAGCUGGCCAGAGGUGAGGUGUAUUAUCGGGCGGUGUUGGUGCCCGUUGAUGCGUAG